AUGGAUCUGAAACGUGGACCUUCAUACGUGACCGGCUUCCCAGAGGCCCCGCUAUGCGACAUUCACCUGAAGGAAGGCUGGUACCGCUUCACCAGCGGUGUGGGAGGCAUGAUGCCGGAGUCUUGUCCUGACAGACUGCACUGUGGGACCGUCGUGCCUAUCUGGAUGAACGGGAAGCACCCUACUGUGGCUGAGGGUACCGUGAUCCGCAAGGCUUGUGGUAACUUCGAGAACGGUGGGCAGCAGGCUGACCCGUGUUGUGAGCACAGCGUCAAUGUAGCGGUGAAGAACUGUGGCAACUUCUACGUGUAUUAUCUCUCACCUACACCCAGCUGUCCCGUGGCCUACUGUGCAGGCAACAAAGUUCCUUGCCCUCUGGGCAAGUGGUCAGCAACAGGCUUAGCUCCUUGCAAAGACGCCUUCCCAUUGAUCACCACGGAGCCAAAGCUGUCUGACCCAAUCAUCGACCCCAACAACAAAGCGUUCCACUUCAACUGUGAGGUCCAGUACCCCAAACACGACCCCGACCAGCGGUUUGAGGUGGUUUGGACAUUCGACGGCAAAGAGGACCCCCAUGUUCCCCCGCAGAUACUGAGUGACCCUAACCGCACGGCCAGACUGGAUGGUCACUGGCUCAAAGGUCAUGUCAACACAAACGUCGGGUGCAAAGUGAGGGCUUUUUUCUCUGGCAACCAACAGCAGAAGAGUCCGUUCUUGAAGAGUAACACUUACUACGCCGGCAUACAGAUCAACCCGGGCAAACUGACCGUGAGUGAGAGAGACAUGGAGAAAAACGUGACCAUCUCCUCCACCAUCCCCAUCCUGUGUGACCACAACACCUCCUGCUGCUUGGUCUUCAAGCUGGAUGUGGAUCAGACCACAGACCUGUCAGUCCAGACAAUGUGUGACUACUCUCUGUGUAAGGAGGACUGGGAUCCCAAGACUCGAAGUGCUUCUAUGCAGAUCUACCUUCCGUCUGGAGCUGAGGUCAAAGUGACCGCACAUGCAACCGCAAUGAACCUGUACCUGACCACCCCAGGAACUGACCGCAGCCUGGCUAAAGGGCUCUGUGGUACCAACGACGGCAGCAAGAGCAAUGAGUUCACCCAUCCAGAUGGUUUGGAAGACAAAGUGUGCAGAGAUGGAGAAGGCAGAUGUAUCCCCGUGGACUUUGAAGAGGCCUGGAGGUAA